AUGGAGGCUCUCGACAUUUUGGAAAAACGCAUAGAUACCCUGACACGUAUUUUGGGUGUCCCCCAAGAUGGAAAUUCUUCUGGUGAAUCAUCAAAGGCACCAACGGAGAAUAUUGUCGACUCCCUAAUAUCGGCCAAUAACAUUGUUAACGAAGCCAUUUCGGGCCGUGACAAAAUCAAAGCAAUUGUAGAUCGCAGUGAAGAAUUGGAAACAUAUUUGGAUCCACAUUUCCUUGAGGAAAAUCAACAGGUUCGUGCCAAGGAAGUGUAUCUUAAUGCUGUGGCCAAUGAUUUGCAUACACAAUUUCAACAACUGGAACGUGUCAAAGAAUUGGAGCCGACAUUGGGGGCGGAAUAUUUUCGUAACAUUCCCGGUGGUUGCGUGGACAAGCUAAAACAAAUCAACGAAGACAAUAAAGAAUUUGCCCAGCAGGCGGAACUUAUCGAAGAAAGUUUAAUAUUGGCCAUGAAACGUUAUGGUGAAAUACAAAAGGGACUGCUGGACUCAUUGGGCGCAAUGAACAAACGUCUUGAGGCGGUGGAAGAACGAUUGCAACAAAAUAAGAAGGAAGAAAUGGAAAAGGAAAUACCACCAGCAGAGACAACAAAUUAG